AUGAUAGCAGCCCAGCUCCUGGCCUAUUACUUCACUGAGCUCAAAGAUGAUCAGGUCAAAAAGAUCGACAAGUAUUUGUACGCAAUGCGGCUCUCAGACGAAACCUUAACGGAUAUUAUGUCUCGGUUCAAAAAGGAAAUGGAAGAUGGUCUGUCAAGGGAUACAAACCCAACAGCAAUUGUCAAGAUGCUUCCCACCUUUGUGAGAUCCAUUCCCGAUGGGACAGAAAAGGGAGAUUUCAUCGCUCUGGAUCUCGGGGGGUCACAUUUUCGGAUACUACGAGUAAAGGUUUCUCAUGAAAAGAAACAAACGGUGCAGAUGGAGAGUGAGAUCUAUGAUACACCAGAGGACAUUAUCCAUGGCACAGGCACUAGGCUCUUUGACCAUGUUGCCGAAUGCCUGGGAGAUUUCAUGGAGAAGAAGCAGAUCAAAGACAAGAAGCUGCCUGUCGGAUUCACCUUUUCCUUCCCAUGCAUGCAAUCUAAAUUAGAUGAGGGCAUUUUGUUGACCUGGACUAAAAGAUUCAAGGCCAGUGGGGUGGAAGGGAUGGAUGUGGUUAAAUUGUUAAACAAGGCCAUCAAGAAACGAGGAGACUAUGAUGCAGAUAUUAUGGCUGUAGUGAAUGACACAGUUGGCACCAUGAUGACCUGUGGGUUUGAUGACCAGAGAUGUGAAGUUGGCAUAAUCAUUGGUACUGGAACAAAUGCCUGUUACAUGGAGGAACUGAGGCACAUUGAUUUAGUGGAAGGAGACGAGGGAAGGAUGUGUAUUAACACAGAAUGGGGAGCAUUUGGAGAUGAUGGCUUAUUAGAGGACAUUAGAACAGAGUUUGAUCGAGAGAUUGACCGAGGCUCUAUGAAUCCGGGAAAACAACUAUUUGAAAAGAUGGUGAGUGGCAUGUAUAUGGGAGAAUUGGUUAGACUUAUAUUGGUAAAGAUGGCCAAAGAAGGUCUUCUGUUUGAAGGAAGAAUCACUCCAGAACUCUUAACUAGAGGGAAGUUCGAAACUAAGCAUGUGUCCGCCAUUGAGAAGAGUAAAGAAGGAUUAAGCAAAGCCAAAGAUAUACUGACAAGGUUAGGGGUGGAACCUUCCCAUGAAGACUGCAUUGCUGUACAACACGUGUGUACAAUCGUCUCCUUCCGUUCUGCCAACCUGAUAGCUGCUACACUGGGUGGUAUCUUAACUCGUCUCCGGGACAAUAAAGGGGUCCCCAGGUUGCGAACCACAGUAGGCAUUGAUGGGUCACUUUACAAGAUGCAUCCACAAUACGCCCGACGUCUGCAUAAAACUGUGAGACGCUUGGUCCCUGACUGUGACGUGCGUUUUUUGCUGUCAGAAAGUGGCAGUGGUAAGGGUGCUGCUAUGGUGACAGCGGUGGCUUAUCGGCUGGCAGAGCAGAGGCGACAGAUUGAUGAGACGCUUGAGGAAUUCUGCCUUAGUAAAGAGCAGUUGCAGGAGGUGAAGAGGAGGAUGCGAAUCGAGAUUGAAUGUGGAUUGAAGAAAAAAACUCACGAAACUGCAAAAGUGAAAAUGCUGCCAACGUUUGUUCGCAGCACACCAGAUGGCACAGAAAAUGGUGAUUUUCUGGCCCUGGACCUUGGAGGAACAAACUUUAGAGUAUUACUUGUAAAGAUAAGAAGUGGUAAAAGACGAACCGUGGAAAUGCAUAAUAAAAUUUAUGCCAUUCCUGUAGAUGUCAUGCAAGGCACUGGGGAGGAGCUCUUCGAUCACAUUGUUCACUGCAUCUCAGAUUUCCUUGACUACAUGGGGAUUAAAGGAGCCCGGCUUCCCUUGGGAUUCACCUUCUCCUUCCCCUGCAAGCAGACCAGCUUAGAUGCUGGUAUCCUGCUAACCUGGACCAAAGGCUUCAAGGCAACCGACUGUGAGGGUGAGGAUGUAGUGAGCUUACUAAGAGAAGGGAUCAAGAGGAGAGAGGAAUUUGACUUGGAUGUAGUUGCCAUAGUAAAUGAUACAGUUGGAACAAUGAUGACUUGCGCUUAUGAAGAUCCAAACUGUGAAAUCGGUCUUAUUGUGGGUACUGGCAGCAAUGCGUGCUACAUGGAAGAGACGAAAAACAUAGAAAUGGUGGAUGGAGACGAAGGGAGAAUGUGUGUCAAUAUGGAAUGGGGAGCUUUUGUCAUAAUGGGUGCCUGGAUGACAUUAGAACAAAAUAUGACAAAGCUGUUGAUGAACUUUCACUAAACUCAGGAAAACAAAGGUAUGAGAAGAUGAUUAGUGGAAUGUAUUUAGGAGAAAUUGUACGCAAUAUUUUAAUGGACUUUACAAAAAGAGGAUUCCUAUUUAGAGGUCAGAUUUCAGAGGCCCUGAAAACAACGAGCAUCUUUGAAACCAAAUUUCUUUCACAGAUUGAGAGUGACAGACUAGCCCUGUUACAAGUGCGAUCCAUCCUCCAGCAGCUGGGUCUGAACAGCACCUGUGAUGACAGUAUAAUUGUUAAAGAGGUGUGUGGAGUGGUAUCGAGACGGGCGGCACAGCUAUGUGGUGCUGGGAUGGCAGCUGUAGUGGAUAAGAUAAGGGAAAACCGGGGCCUGGAGCAUCUGGAGGUUACUGUUGGCGUUGAUGGAACACUGUAUAAACUUCAUCCACAUUUUCUCCAGAAUCAUGCACCAGACAGUGGCAGAUCUCGCCCCCAAGUGCAAUGUCUCCUUCCUUCUCUCCGAGGACGGCAGUGGGAAAGGAGCAGCUCUUAUCACUGCUGUGGGGUGCAGACUUCGUGAUGCUGAGCAGAAUUAA